CUGGGAGAGUGAGUGGGAGUUUCUAAGUGGAAACAGAGAAUUUUCUGUUUCAUAUUACACAGAAAAGAAGAGAAAGAGGAGAAGAGUUCAUGGUGGGUAAGGGCUCUGGUGGCUUGUCCAGUCAGGCUCUGUUUUGAAUGUAGUUGGUUGUGUAAGUGCUGUGCAGUUUUCUGGGUUUAUGGAUUCGCGGACUGUGGAAAAUGUACUUCUCUGUAGUGGUCCUUGUCCUGACUAAGGCUCUGAUCACAGAGGUCUGUAAUGGCCUGAAUGUGACAGUGACGCCUGGGCCUGUUGUCAUGGUAACAGAAAAAGACAAUGUGACACUCUCCUGCCUGGUAUCUCAGAGGAAGAGGAGCGGCAGCGUCCUCAUCCUACGCUGGUUCCUUUCUCCUCUUGCUGCUCCCACUCCUGUGCCUCCUCCCUCCUCUCCAUCCCGCUCUCCUCCUGCAAUCGAGCCCUCUCAGGUUCUGAUUGUGAAGAUGGGCAUAAAGAAAAUCAAGCUGUACGGGAACUAUACCCGUCGUUUCCCCCAGCUGAAGUUUCGUCUGUAUGAAGAAACGGAGGGGGAGUUGUACCAGUUGCGGAUUCUCAAUGUGACAGGGACGGACCAGGGUUUCUAUAGCUGCAAAGUUCAGGAGAUUCGCAAACACAGAAACACAUGGAGGGCAUCGUCCAAUGGCACCAGCACCACACAGCUGACAGUACACUUCAUUCUCGAGGAUGGUAGCAGUAAAGGACUGUGGCGUUUAUUUGCAGAUGUGUAUCUGUGCGCUGUGCUGAUAUGCUCUCUGGGCCUGCUGUCCAUUUUCCUGUUCUCUGUGGUUCUCACCUGCCAACACUUUCACAGAAGACACAGGCUCAAAGCCAGUUACCUUCUGGUCAAGUGUCCAGAAAGCAGCUCAGGAGAGACUGUAACCAGCUUCAGCAGUUCCUUCAGUUCCUCCCCAAAAGCUCAAAGGAAAGACACAAGACAGAAAACUGACAGAAGGAUAACAGUAACACCACCUAAACUACCCAAGGAGCCACCACCAUACAUACCACAUCACAAAGUGCCAAUUGCUGCAAAGAGACCUCAGAAGCCCAGAAGGUUAAAGACUCAGCUCAGGAGUUCUGCCACUCCUCGAAUACCACAGGAGGAUAGUCUGACAUAUGCAGAGCUGGAGCUGGUCAGGCCGAAGCCCGAGCCCCCAGUCUCCUCCGACCUUGAUCCCACCCCCUCCAGCCCAGACACAGUGUACGCUCAGAUCCUCUUCCAGGAAAAACAGCUGUAAACACAGCAGCCCUGGACAGAUGGAUGCCAUGGUACAUCCCAGUGAGGCCAACUGAACUGAGUGGCAACCAAAGGACUAUAUUUAUGAACUAUCAGUAUGGCAUUUAGCAUUUGUUUUUUUGGCUGUAACUACAGUACAACUGUUGGUAAAUGAGGGUUUUGUGUUUCCUCAGCGCAGUUCCAUUCCAGCACAGCAGUUUCUGGGUCUUAUAAUUCUGUUGUUUUGUUUGUUGGCAUCAAUGGCAUGUGAGCCAGAUGUUUAUAGAACGCUUUAACUGUUAACUAUUCUGUUUAAACUCAGGAGACUGUGUGGAAAGAAACCGCUGUUCAGGCUCUCUUACUGCAGUAUCAUACUGUAUGGUAUGUAGUGGUAUCGUAUGCACUGUACCACUUUUUUUUAAAUGCAUUUAUAAUUACGAGACUAAUAACCAAAUUAAUAAAUAAAUGCCUGGGUCUGAUGAUUCAU